AUGUGUAGGCCUUGCUUGAUGCUCGAGAUAAGGUCAGGCUUCUCCGGCCAAGCAGGAAGCUGCAGCAGCCGCCUAUAUAUGCCAAAUUCUGUGCCCAUUAUUAAUUUUUACCCCGGUACCCUUCAUGCUAUCGGAGUCAAGAUUGUGGGCCCGCUCAGCACCUCUCGUAGGCAAAGCAAGAGCGGCCAACAACAAAAGCCAAACCAGGAUUACAUAAAAGGGGUUUAUACUUAUGUGCAAAGCGAGAGGCUGGCAAGCAGUGACUCCAGGGGCAGACCUGAGGAACAGCUUCACCCGUCAUUUAGCAAGGCGAUUCUGCUCACAUCGGCGCGGGAGGAGCAGUGUCCCUCUGGGCAUGGUGGAGGGUGGGUGUUUCGCGGAGGGCAAGAGAUCGUGUUUAUGAGGGAAGAGAAGUAUGAAAACAUAAGAGCCGAUUCAAGGAGGAGGUUCACGCGCGAGCGGACGAUGGCGAGGUUGCGGGCGCCAGCAUGGGUGUGGGUGGUGGCGGCCUGCACCCUCAUGGGCGUGGCGGCGGCGGAUUCGAGAGCCAAGCUGGUGGAGAACGGCUACGAGGGCGUGGUCGUGGGCGUGUCUCAAGAGAUCGACGAGUCUCUUGGACCUGCCAUCGUCGCCUCAAUCAAGGAUAUGUUCAACGAAGCCUCGAGGCGCCUCUUCGCUGCCACUCGAGGGAGAGCCUACUUCCGCAGCGUCAAGGUCCUGAUCCCGAAGUCGUGGUCUUUUACCGACGUCAACGAUACGGCUCUCAGCGAGAAUUUCGAGGUAACCAUUGACAGUGUUUGUAAGCGUCGAUGGUAA